AUGGGCAGCGUGUCCGUGAAGCUGCCCAACUGCCAGCAGAUGCGCCACUGCGUGCUGACUCGUCUCUACGCCACUGCAUUGGCCGGGCUUCGGGAAGACCUGCACAAUCGACUGCUGACAGACGAAGAGACGGUGGGGCUGGCUCCGGCGACAGCCGUCUCAGUCGCGCCGGCGCAUCCGGCCCCGACAACGGGGCCGGCAGUCUCAGGUGCCGGUGGUACCGAAAAGACGGCCGGUAUUGGCGCCCAAAGCGGUCUCAACAGCCCCACGGACCGGCCUGUGCCAGGCGCCCUCAUCGUCGGGCCAACGGUGGCCCGCAGCAGAGCGCCCUUGCAGGCAACCGCAAUGUCGGUUGAGAUAUGGUCGUUGUCGGGCCGGCCGGCCUACGAGACCGGCCAAGGAUUGGUCAAAUCAGCGCUCCCAAGGCCCGGGAGACGCCAAUUCGCCAGCAUCGACGUCUACGGAUUGGACGUUCGGUCGCACCGCUUGACAAGCCGUCAUCUCAAGACCAGAAUGGUAGGUGUGAAUUUCAUGUAUGCCUGUGGUCAUCCUUUUUUUCACACUUCUUCGUUAGCCCGUCAUGCUUGUACGACAGAAAAGUGUUGA